CAGAUUUCCAUUUCAACGCUAUCCUCGCUCACAUCUCCACUCCAUCAGCAAUGGAGGUUGCCGCCGGAGCCUUGCCCACCGUUAAUCCAGCUCAAUGUAGGCAUCUUUCGGCUAAUUUCUCAGUUUCAGCUCUCGAAUUUUCUCCCUCGACCCGUCGGAAAUCUUCGCUCGCGCGAGCUAGGACUUGGCUAAUUAGGGCUUCCCUUGCCGUCGAGCAGCAGGCUGAGACUAAAGCUGCCGUGAUCAGAAUCGGAACUAGGGGGAGUCCACUGGCCCUCGCACAAGCGUAUGAAACUAGAGAUAAACUGAUAGGCUCGCAUCCCCAGUUAGCUGAAACGGGAGCAAUUCAAAUUGUUGUCAUCAAGACAACUGGAGACAAAAUUCUAACUCAGCCUCUUGCAGAUAUUGGUGGAAAGGGUUUAUUCACAAAGGAGAUUGAUGAUGCACUCCUUAACAAUGAUAUUGAUAUAGCUGUCCACUCGAUGAAAGAUGUCCCUACAUAUCUUCCCCAAAACACAAUGAUACCUUGCAAUCUCCCUAGAGAAGAUGUCCGGGAUGCUUUUAUCUGCUUGACUGCGGCAUCUCUCGCUGAGCUUCCUCCCGGAAGCACUGUAGGCACAGCCUCAUUGAGAAGGAAGUCGCAACUUCUCAACAGAUAUCCAUCACUUCAGGUACAAGAGAAUUUUCGAGGUAAUGUACAGACAAGGUUGAAAAAGUUACAUGAAGGAGUGGUGCAAGCAACACUGUUGGCAUUAGCUGGAUUGAAGCGCCUGAAUAUGACAGAAAAUGUUACUUCCGUCCUAUCCAUUGAUGACAUGCUUCCUGCUGUAGCUCAAGGAGCUAUAGGAAUUGCAUGUAGGAGUGAUGAUGAAAAGAUGGCCACUUAUUUGGCAUCCUUGAAUCAUGAGGAUACCAGAUUAGCAGUAGCCUGUGAGAGAGCAUUCCUAGAGAAAUUGGAUGGAUCGUGCCGUACUCCAAUAGCUGGAUACGCUUGUCGUGAUGAGGACGGAAACUGUCUUUUCAGAGGACUGGUGGCAUCUCCCGAUGGAAUCAAAGUACUUGAAACCUCUAGAAGAGGUCCUUAUGCUUUUGACGAUAUGGUGAAGAUGGGUAGAGAUGCCGGUGAGGAACUUCUCUCGCUAGCUGGUCCUAAUUUCUUUGACCGAUGAGUAGUCAAGUAUUCAGAGAGAGAGAUAGCCACGUUUAUGCAUUUCCGAUUAGCACCUAGGCUCUUCGUCAAGCUGCCCAAGUCGUAGUAAAGAUGAAGUUUUGUUGUACUAUAUCUUGUUAUGCUUGUUUGAAUUUUGGGUUAACAGUGAGCUAAAAUGCAUUUGAUUAUCGUUGGGUUUUUUUGUAGAAUAUUCCAGCAUUUGUUAUUGUAUGAGGAUCUGGUGUUGACAGUUUGCCUUUCGGAAAUAUUAUGUCUGUUAAUAUA